CUCAGCAGUGCGCACACGAUGCCAUCAUUAGUGCGUCUUCAAUUUCCUUACGCUACCCAAUUUCUGCUCUCCAAAUUUUGCUCUUACAAUUGCAGGACGAUCGAUGGGCGAAUUGGCAGUGGAAAAGAGAAAGAAAAUCAUAAUCGACACCGAUCCUGGAAUAGAUGAUGCCAUGGCAAUAUUUUUGGCUUUUGAAUCUCCAGAGGUUGAUGUAAUCGGUCUCACAACAAUUUAUGGCAAUGUCUACACAAGUUUGGCUACAAAGAAUGCCCUUCAUCUGUUAGAGGUUGUGGGUAGAGAAGAUAUUCCAGUGGCAGAAGGUUCACAUAUGUCAAUCAAGAGAGUUCCAAAGCUACGGAUUGCAGAUUUUGUCCAUGGUUCUGAUGGGCUUGGAAACACCAGUAUCAUUCCACCAAAAGGUAAUGCAAUUGCGCAAUCAGCAGCAGAAUUUCUUGUUGAUAAAGCAAAUGAGUACCCUGGAGAAGUGACAGUAGUUGGUUUAGGUCCACUUACAAACAUAGCAUUGGCAAUAGAAAUUGAUCCUCUCUUCUCACAGAAAAUAGGGCAGAUUGUUAUUCUUGGUGGUGCAUUUUCAAUGAAUGGAAAUGUUAACCCUGCUGCAGAAGCAAAUAUAUUUGGCGAUCCAGAAGCUGCUGAUAGUGUCUUUACCUGUGGAGCAGAUAUUAUAGUUGUUGGAAUCAAUGUUACACAUCAAGUCGUCAUGACAGAUAAAGACCUUGAAGAUCUUGCCCACUCUCAUGGGAAAUAUGCCAAGUAUAUUUCAAAAAUAUUGAAGGUUUAUUUUGAAUAUCAUCAUGAAGCCUACAAUAUAUGUGGAGUAUAUCUUCAUGAUCCUACUGCAAUGUUUGCGGCUAUAAAUCCCUCACUCAUGACAUAUGCAGAGGGUGUAGUUAGAGUCCAGUCAGAGGGCAUAUUUAGAGGCCUCACUGUAUUUGACAACAUGAAAAAGAGGGCAGGUGGGGGGAAGUUACAGAGUGGUCAAAUAAACCUUCAGUGAAAGUGGCAGUGACAGUAGAUGCUGACCAAGUUGUACGCUUGCUUGUGGACCGAUUGAAGAACUCAUAGAAUCGAUUGAUCUUUUUCAAUUUGAAAUAUUUUUUCAGAAAUUUGAAGGAAUAUUUCAGUACAUUUCUGUCAAUCACAAUAUUGUUGAAUUGUCACUGAGCUGCUGAGGUUUAUAUAGCUGAAACAAUUUACCAAAUUUUGUUGAAAUUUAAUAUCUAUGGCUGUAUGGGCUUGGCAGAAAAUUGCCGCAUGGGCUUUGUAUGGUUUCCAUUUCUUUGAAGGAUUAAAACAGGGUUCUUUUAUGCCUCACAUUCAUGAUUCAAAUGGGAUUCUUCUGUGGCCAACAUCUAUAUAAUGUUUUCUCCUUUAACCAUCA